GCAGAGUCGGCCCUUCCCGGCCCCUCUGCUGUCCGGCCAUGGUGGCCCCCCGGCUCCAGCUGCGACCGCUCCUUCUCCUCCUCCUGCUGCUGGUCCUGCUGCCGCCCACCCCGGGGGUCCGAGCCGCCCCGCCCGAUAACAACACGGCCAUCUGUCUGCUGCCCAAGGAUGAAGGUCCCUGCCGGGCCAUCCUGCCCAGCUACUACUAUGACCGGUACACGCAGACCUGUCUCCUCUUCUCCUACGGGGGCUGCAAGGGCAACGCCAACAACUUCGAAACCCUGAAGGCCUGCCAGGCGGCCUGUGGAAAGCUAGCCAAAGUGCCGAAGAUCUGCCGGAUGGAUACCAGAUCAGACACCUGUAAGGGGAAAGUGGAGAAAUAUUUCUUCAACAUGAGCUCCAUGGCGUGCGAGAAGUUCUCGUUCGGGGAAUGUCCAGUGGGUCCUAACCAAUUCUCCGACAAAGCCUCAUGCGUGAGAUUCUGCUCCCCGAAGUCAGACGUGCCCAAGUUCUGCUCCAGUCCCCUGGAUAGGGGCUCAUGUUCUGCCCACGUGACCCGGUAUUACUUCAACGUCGAGAGCGGGACCUGCGAGGAGUUCAGUUACUCGGGAUGCGGGGGGAAUCACAACAACUUCGUCAGCCAGAAGGACUGCACCAAGACCUGCUCUCGAGCCAAGAGGAAAGGUGUGCGCAACCAUCCCAAGACCGUCUUCGUGGGUCACAGACUCCCGCCAAAGUCCAGGACACGGCCAUAGCGGCCCCCCGCCAAGUCCGGGGACCCAGGCGCCUCAACGUGCUUCCACCGACUCCCCUUGCUCUCUGCGCUCUCCCCCUCCAUCUGUCCCCUCCCCUCCACCGGACCCCAUUCUCCACCCCACCCUGGGACCGGAACCUUCGCGGAUUGUCAGAAGGUGCCGCUUCUCACCCAGGCCCGGCUUCAGCGCCAGACCGUCCGAUCGCACAGCUGAUGCAACCCUCACCAUUUGGACUGUCCGCCGAUCAGUCCGUGCUAUGUACUGAGCGGCUACUGGGUGCUGAGUGCGUUGGAGAGAGUAUAGUAGAAGUAGUAGACCAUCUCUGCCCACAGUCUACUGUGUUCAGUGCAAUGGACUGAACGUUUGGGAGAGUCC